GUUCCUAUUUUGCUCAAGACCUUUGGCCAGAGCAGGGCCUAGAAGAUUCUUUUCAAAAAGUGAUAUUGAGAAGACAUGAAAAAUGUGAACAUGAGAAUUUGCAGUUAAAAAUUGGUUGCACCAAUGUGGAUGAGUCUGAAGUUCACAAAAAAGGUUAUAAUAAUCAUAACCAGAGUUUGACAACUGCACAGAGCAAAGUAUUUCAAUGUGAUAAAUAUGCCAAAGUCUUCCAUAAAUUUUCAAGUUCAAACAGACAUAAGAUAGGGCAUACUGGAAAGAAACUUUUGAAAUGUAAAGAAUAUGACAGAUCAUUUUGCAUGCUUUCACACCUAUCUCAACAUAAAAGAAUUUAUAUUAGAGAGAAUUUCUUCAAAUGUGAAGAAUGUGGCAAAACCUUUAAUUGUUCCUCAACGCUUACUUAUCAUAAGAGAAUUCAUACUGGAAAGAAAGCCUACAAACGUGAAGAAUGUGGCAAAGCCUUCAACUGGUCCUCAAGACUUACUGAACAUAAGAGAAUUUAUGCUGGAGAGAAACCGUACAAAUGUGAAGAAUGUGGCGAGGCCUUCACCUGGUUCUCAAGCCUUUCUAAUCAUAAAAGAAUCCAUACUGGAGGGAAACCCUACAAAUGUGAAGAAUGCGGCAAAGCUUUUAAUCGAUUUGGGAUUUUUACUAAACAGAAACUAAUUCAUGCUGGAGAGAAACCCUACAAAUGUGAAGAAUGUGGCAAAGCUUUUUCCUGGGCCUCAAGCCUUAGUGAACAUAAGAGAAAUCAUACUGGAGAGUACCACUACAGAUGUGAAGAAUGUGGCAAAGCCUUUAAAAAGGCCUCACUUCUUACUAGACAUAAGGUAAUUCACACUGAAGAGAGACCCUACAAAUGUGAAGAAUGUGGCAAAACUUUUAACCGGUCCUCAACCCUUACUAUGCGUAAGAGAAGUCAUACUGGAGAGAAACCCUACAAAUGUGAAGAAUGUGGCUAAGCUUUUAAUCAAUUCUCAAUUUUUACUAAACAUAAGAUAAUUCAUGCUGGAGAGAAACCCUACAAAUGUGAAAAAUGUGGCAAAGCCUUCACCUGGCCCUCAAGCCUUAGUGAGCAUAAGAGAAAUCAUAAACCCCUCCAAAUGUAAAGAAUGUGGCAAAGUCUUUAAAAAGUCCUCACUUCUUACUAGACAUAAGGUAAUUCAUACUGAAGAGGAACCCUACAAAUGUAAAGAAUGUGGCAAAGCCUUUAACUGGUCAUCAACCCUUACUCAUCAUAAGAGAAUUCAUAUUGGAGGGAAACCCCUAGAAAUGUGAAGAAGGUGGCAAACAUUUUAACUGUUCCUCAAUUCUUACUAAACAUAAGGUAAUUCAUGCUGGAGGGAAUCCUUAAAGUGUGUGGAAUGUGUCAAAGCCUUUAAGUAGUCCUUGAGGUUUGCUACAUAUAAGACAACUCGUACUGGAAAGAAACCCUACACAUGUGAAGAAUGUCGGAAAGCCUCCAACAGAUCCUCAA